CAAAUUUUAAAAAUUUUUAAGUACUAUAAAUCAAGAAAAACUAUGAAUGGCUCAUUCAUAUAUGUGCUUAUGGUGGAAAUUUAGUGUCUAGCGUCGCAACCUACACCGUACUUUUCUUGAAUCUUUUUCUUAUACGGUCCCUGCUCUCGUGGUAUCGAAAAAAAUAGCUGGAAUUGAUUAAUGUUUAAUUAAAAGUAAUGUCUAUAUUGUAUAAAACGUCUCGAUUGCUUCGUAAACAGGCUCAUGGAAUUCAAGUGAACACAUGCCGAUUUAAUAGUACUGGCAAUCAUGGAUUCAUUGGCGAAGUAUUAUCUUCUAAAAAGGCUUUAGCAAAGAUAGCUACUCUAAGCAAUAGAAUUGGUUUGAAGCCAAACUUUCCGAUGAAUACUUUGGCGCAAGCCUUAAUAGACAAAACAGCCGUGAAAAAUGCAGCUGUAUCCAAUGAGAAAUUAUGGACGAUUGGAAAAAUUUUGAGUGAUAUGUAUGUUUUGGAGAGAAUUAAAUGUUUAUAUCCGCGUUUACCUGAGAAGGGAGUUCAAGGACUACGCGAUGGGUUGCUAGACUCACGCGCGCUGAAUCGUCUAGGAAACUCUUGGGGUCUCGAAGUGCAACUUUGGAAUGAGGAUCCUAAACAGGCUUUUGGAAAAGUUUUAGCAAAAACAACGGAAGUAGAAACUACUCGAGUGGCUGGGGAAAUUUACAAACCAGAUGCUAUGAAACGUGCUAUUCUUGCUAUUUUGGGAGCAGUACAUUUGGAAGGAGGUUUCCAAGAAUCAAAGAAGUUCGUUGAUAGUCAUAUAUUCUCUCGUCAAUUAGAUCCCCGAACUAUGCUGCAAAUUCUUUAUCCACGAAGACAGCUAGCUCGGUUAUGUAGAAGACUAAAGCUCAAAGAUCCUGUUUACAGGAUUGAUGCUGAAACUGGAAGGAAAACCAGAGAACCUGUCUUCAUUAUCGGCGCUUAUUCUGGUCCAUUCUGCCUUGGUCAAGGUCAAGCAAGUAGUAUGGAUUUGGCUGAACAGCAGGCUGCAUAUAAUGCUGUUCUCUCUUACUACAUUCAUUCUCCCCCUUUUGAACAAUAUCCCAGUGAAACAUUACAAACAUCAACCGCUUCGUUUUCACCUAUUCCCUAUAUUUCACCCGGAGAGUUGGUUUUGUAAGGUAUAGGGUAGGGUUAAUAAAUGACAGUCACUUUGUUGUGCCCAACAAUAGACACCACCAUGACAGAAGGGUAUACUUUACCAAACACCAAAAUGUCUGCCUCUGAA